UCUUUCUGCUGGACAUAAUUCAUAUUGCGAAAGCUGGCUGCUCCACAUAAAACCUCUGUCAUUAUUUGGCCAGUAUGUUGACUGUAAAAGGAAAGAUAGUAUUCUCUGGAGGGGCACCAGAGUCGAUUCCAAACAAUUCUACGUUGACUGUGAAGUUUCAAGACACGAACAGAAUGGAUGCUCCUGCAAUUAAUUUAGGAACAUGUGUUAAAAGUAUUCAAGGUUAUAAAAAGGGCACAGAUCUCUCCUUUGAAAUUGUAAAUGCUAAAAAGCCAGACUUCGGAAUGGAUGGAUCAAUAAGUGCUGUCUUAAAUAUUGGAUGGGUUCCUUCUGGCGAUGAAUGGGUUCGACAAGGUGAUUACUUGAAUGACACUCAUCAUACUGUACGAAUGGAGGAUUAUAAAACAGUAUACAAUUGUCAGGUAGAAGUCAUUCAUUACAAUUGAGGUAAUGCUGGAUACAAAAUAAGAAAAAGAAACGUCAAAAAUAGUUUUAUUAAUGUUAAUUUUUGGUAAUAAUAUUUUUUUAGAUCUUACUUUAUUCACUUAGUCUUGCAUGUGUGUUUACAAACUUUGAAAUAUAAAAAAAACUGGAAAUAUUAAAGAAUUUGACUGCCACCCAGUUAUGAGUAAAAUAAUUAAUCUUGAAGGAGAUCUUGACAAUAGCAAAUAUUACUUUCUCGAAAAAAUUGAAAAGAACAAUGAUGAUUUUUUUGCUAUUUAUAUUUAUACAUUAUCUCUAUAUUUUUAUGUAUGAAAUGUAUUUUUGUAUUAUAUAUCACGCAUAUACUUGACAAAUAAUGUAAUAAUUUGUUAAUAUAAUAUUUGGUGUUUAUUAUAUAUACAGUUGACCCUAGAAAACUCUGUCUUUGGACCCUUAUUUCUAGUGUUGUGGUAAGUCUUUGAAAAACUACACUGCGCUAAUUUCUCCUUUCCCUUAACUUUUUUCAAAAGAUACUAAAAAGCAUUCACACCUUUGAUAAUUUAUAUUCUAGCUGAAAAAAAAUGAGAAAACUCGAGGUCUCUGAGAGCAAAAUCAAAGGGUCCGACAGAGUUGUUCAACUGAGCUAUUUGUGUUUUUGGCAAACUUUUUUUCUGUAAUGAAGUUCCUAAAAGACCAAGGGUUCAAGCUGAGAAUUUGAGCUACAAAUAAUAAGAAUUAUGAUUAUUAAAGUUUUCAAGAAUCAACUGUAUUUUGUAUUUUUAAUCUUGCAUGCAAUGAUUGUCUUUUUUGUAAUCA